AUUUAAAAUUCUCAGGCCUCUUCUUAAUUGUAGCUAGGGGUAAAAAUGGCACCCACCCACUGACGCUAACACAAUCAUUUUGGAUCCAGUGGACAGUGGCGGUACGAAUUCCGUUGGAUGGCAGGGGAAUGGGGAUGAUGCCAAAAGUGGGUAGCUGGGGAUCACUGACACUGAGCACCGUCGCGGCCCAUUUACUCGUGGUCGCGGGCUGCAUGGCCGGGCGGCGGCGGGGGCUGGUAGCGGUCGAGGAAACUCCUGGUGUAGCAAAGGACGACGAUGACCAGCGACGCUACGAUCGGAUCCUUCAAACUGGCCCCGGCAAAGGGUGGAUGCCAUGCAUAGACGAGGGUGGCCCUGAGCAUAAUAAUAAUAAUAAAUAAAUAAAUAAAUAAUUAGUCACAAAACGCACAAGCACCACUGCAACAAAAAACAAAUCACCCUCCUUACCCGAACCAGAGUGCUUUAAUAUUUAUUAAGAUUAAGAUUAAUAUAUAGUAGAGUUUGAGGAGAUUUUGAGCAUUUAAAAUUCUCAGGCCUCUUCUUAAUUGUAGCUAGGGGUAAAAAUGGCACCCACCCACUGACGCUAACACAAUCAUUUUGGAUCCAUUCUGGUGGAAGUUCGUGUUAUGCAGGGAAAUUUUUAGGGUAUUACUGUACAAUUUGUAGGUCGGAAUAGCAAUCAGGUAGCUAAAAAUGUCAUUUCUUUGUAUUCGGCUAUAUAUCGCUCUUCUGAUUUCUUUUUCGGGUUGUAUACCAAACUAUAAUUUGUUCGACCUCUUUCUAAUCAAUAGAAGAUUAUUUUUUGUAAAAAAAAUUAAAAGAAUUCUAGCAACGCACUACUAAUUGCAAUCCCUAAACCCCUAGAUGGAUUGGAGAGGAGUGAGUGACACGGCUAGCCCGACCCGGGCCACAGAAUGAAUUGGAAUGGCUGGG